AAAGAAAUUCUACGUAAAGGUAUCUAUCGUAUGCUUGACAUGUUUUUUCUAAAAUAAUUUAUGAAUCUCCUUUAUAUACAAUUAAUCGUGAUAUAUGUGCACCGCUACAGUCGGUGAAAUUCGAACACUACAGUUGUCGAAUUAAUUAAUUCACAAAAAAAUGAAAUUCACAGAGCACUUAAGUGCUCAUAUUACACCAGAAUGGAGAAAACAAUAUAUAAAUUACGAGGAAAUGAAAGCAUUGCUCUAUGCUGCAGUAGAACAAGCACCAGCUGCAGAUAUAACGGAAUCCCACAUAUUAGAACGUUAUUUUAGCAAAUUUGACGAACAAUUUUUUCACUAUUGUGAUAAGGAAUUGGCAAAGAUAAAUACGUUUUAUUCAGAAAAAUUAGCAGAAGCAACACGUAGAUUUGCAACCCUCAACAAUGAAUUAAGUGAAAUUCUGUCAGUUUCUGAGCAGGUACAGGGAAGUCGUAAAAUCCGUUACCGUAACAAUAUUCUGCACAAAAAGCCAGUUUCAGCACGAAAACUUCAAGAACUGAAAUUAGCUUUUUCUGAAUUUUAUCUCUUUCUCAUUUUACUUCAAAAUUACCAGAAUCUUAAUUUUACUGGAUUUAGAAAGAUAUUAAAAAAACACGAUAAACUUUUAAAUAUAGAUCUUGGAGCAAAAUGGAGAGCAGAGCAUGUAGAUACAGCGUUAUUUCACACGCACAAAGACAUAGACAGACUCAUUGCAGAAACAGAAGCAUUGGUUACCAGAGAUUUGGAACAUGGUGACAGACAACGUGCUAUGAAACGUUUAAGAGUCCCUCCGCUCGGAGAACAGCUUUCUCCAUGGAUUACAUUCAAAGUGGGACUUUUUUCAGGGGCUUUUGUGGUUCUUCUUAUAGCAGUGGUACUUUCAGGUGCACGUUACAGCGACAACAAUAAUUGGCGAGUUUUGUGUAGAUUAUAUCGUGGACCACUUCUUAUGAUUCAGUUCCUUUUUCUCAUGGGAAUUAAUGUAUAUGGAUGGAGAUCUUCCGGUGUAAAUCACGUUUUAAUAUUUGAACUGGAUCCCCGUAAUCACUUAUCGGAACAGCACAUUAUUGAAAUGGCUAGUGUAUUUGGAUUGGUUUGGUCUCUAUCAAUUUUGGGAUUUUUAUACAGCAAAACAUUAGGAAUACCACCAUUUGUUCAGCCUAUGUUGUUGUAUAUAUUACUAGUUUUGUUUUUGUUCAAUCCAACAAAAACAUUACGUUACGAAGCUAGAUUUUGGGCACUCCGUGUCUUGGGUAGAAUAUUUUGCGCUCCAUUUUUCUAUGUCGGAUUUGCUGACUUCUGGCUUGCUGAUCAACUUAAUUCGCUAAAUACUGUUUUCUUAGAUUUUCAAUAUUUCGUUUGCUUUUAUGUGCAAAAUUCUUCGUGGACCGACGUCACUGAUGCAGAAACUUGUAUAAUGCGCGAAUUAUCAAUGAGAUUAUUUGUAGCUUGUUUGCCAGCAUGGUUUCGAUUUGCACAGUGUCUACGGCGAUAUAGAGAUACAAAGGAAGCCUUUCCUCACCUUGUAAAUGCUGCGAAAUAUGCUACUAGUUUCUUCGUUGUAGUAUUUUCUUAUUUACAUUUAACUAACGCUAAGUAUUACGCGAUGUCUACCGAAAAUCCCUAUUUUUAUUUAUGGAUAAUCGUAAGUAUUAUGAGUUCUUGUUUCACGUACACAUGGGAUAUAAAAUUAGAUUGGGGAUUGUUUGACAAUAACGCAGGAGAAAAUAAAUUUCUAAGGGAAGAAAUUGUUUAUUCCUCUCCGUACUAUUAUUAUUUUGCAAUAAUCGAAGAUUUCAUACUCCGUUUUGGUUGGGCAUUUUCGUUAUCUCUCACCGAAAUGGGAUACGUACAUGCAGAUUUAAUGGUUUCUAUAAUUGCGCCAUUGGAAGUGUUCAGGAGAUUUGUAUGGAAUUUUUUCCGUUUGGAAAACGAACACCUGAAUAAUUGCGGCAAGUUCAGAGCUGUCAGAGAUAUAUCUGUUGCACCGGUUGAUUGCUCUGAUCAAACUCAAAUCUUGAGGAUGAUGGAUGCAGCGGACGGGGUGACCAACCGGAAGAGAAAGCAAAACGUAGGGGAUAAAAAGACAUCACGCACAUUUUCUAGAGAUGAAUCUCUAAUUUGUGAUCUUGAUACAUAAACCUACUCAAGUACAACAAGCGAUUUAAAAAAGUUGCAUAUUAAUCGAUUUCUCUCUGUAAAUGUAAAGAAAAUAAUAGUUUUAUUCGUAUCGUUAAAGUACAAGUAUGUAUCAGAAUGAUUCUACGAGUUAGAUGUAACACGUGGUAAAUGUAUAAAUCUCGUGAGUGUAUUAUCAAGUUGUUAUACAACAUCUAUAGCUAUGCUUGUAUUCUUGCCAUAAUUUCGUGUAUGAAUUUUUCGAGAGUUUCGAGAUGUUCGUUGAACAUGUCAGAAUCUUAAAUUCAAAAUGUGACGGUAAAUACACCGCGAAUAAACACGAAUUUUUCUUAAUCGUACAAAAUAUCAAUUACAAAUUGUAAUUAAAAUAAAGUAUUUUGAUGUUUUUAGUAA